AUGCCGAAAGUAUCAAAACGGCAGAAGGAGAAGAAGGCCGACUUCCAGAAAACCAAACUCAAGUUAGGAAAGGGAAAGCAAGCCGCUAACAAUGCUACCGACGUCUCGUUCAGAGCCAAGACCAUUGCUCUACCUCAGCAGUCGAUCAAUGUCGACAAGUCAGGCAAGCUUGUCAACUCUCGUAACCUCACCAUCGCCGAUCUCGCCCUUCAGCUCCGUCACUACUCGGCAGGUGUACGACGAGAUGCUGUCGGAGGCAUCAAGGAAAUCCUCACGCUGCAUCCAAGCUUGAUGCUGACCGAUGCAGCCUCGCUCAUCCCGGAACUUUCUCGCUGCAUUGGCGACGACGAUGCCUCCGUCCGCAAGCAAUUGCAUGCCUUGUUGGCGUGGAUGCUGCCAGAGGUACCCGCUCAGUUGCUCGGUCCUUAUCACAAUACCCUCCUCCUCUUUACUACUUCGGCUCUCAGUCACAUUUAUCCAGAAGUGCGUCUUGAUGCCGUCAGGAUCCUAGACGUCUGCUUGUUCGUGCUGCCCGAUGUAGCAACAAAAGGGUGGGAGGCCGCUGUUCACAAAAUGGCCAACGCCAUCUCGACAACAACUGGCGGAUCCGCUUCUUCAAACACUGCCGGUCCAAGCAGCGCCGCGCAUCAACCUCACGGCGAGCGAAUUAUGAACUGCUAUCUCAAUCUCCUCGGCAUCACGCAGCGGUCAAGCGCUGCUGCUUCCAUCACCGCCACCGACCUAGCACCGGCCGCGAAGCUCUUGAUCCUCAGAUCGCUUCGAUCUUUUCUCUCCCACGCUCUUCCGUCCACGACUGGAACCGGCGUGAAUAGCGAUAGCGAGCACGGCUGCCCCACAUGGUUUUUCCGUUCUGCUUUUACCUCUUCGGCCGAAUUCGAAUACUUUCAGAGGCUCCUCGGUCGCCACUCGAGCUCUGCACAGUCACGUUACGUCUCAAUCACGCGAUCAAAGGACGGCAGCUCGCAACAAAGUCCUACUCUAUACGGUAGGCAAGCGUCGUACGCUGACUGGCCAGCGUCUGAUGUGGCAGCCUCGUCCUUGAUGGACUUGGACUCCACCGCGGGCAAGUCACUCAACAGUGUCGACCUCCUCGAUUCUCUCCAAGCCGCCAUCGCUUUGCAAUCAUACCCUAGCUCGAAUUCAUCUGCGACAUCCUCUGGGAAGUGCACACAAUCUGCUGCCUUGUCGCUUUACUCUUUGCUGGAUCCAGUCCUGCUCGCAUCCUUUCUGGACGCCGCGCCGGCCGCUUUCCAGCCCGACCUCGACCUGUCGCAGCAAUCUCGCGGCCAGAAUGUUGGGCUUUCCACGCCUGCGCAGCUCGUCUUCGAAAUCAUCAGCCUCAUUCUGGCACUGUGGCGAGGCUCGCCUUCCCCUAGCACACAAGUGCGAACAUCCCUCGCAAAUGCACUGGGUCACGUCUCAGUCUACUUCCCCUUCAGCCACCACAUGGGCUCCAGCGGUCUCUCGGCCAAGGCCAAGUCAGCGGUAGUCAAGAUGGACCUUGCCUAUGCUGAACUUACGGCACUAUUGGCGCUCAACAACGCGAAGUCGCAGAAGGUCAAGUCGAAGUUCAACGUCGAAGUGCAGAUCGCUGCCGUCUCUGCUUUCAUCGCCGAGCUGCUUUCGACUCCCGUUACCGAGAGCGGGACCGUCUCGCUCGAAUCUGUCAGUGCAUCUGCUGCCAGUGUGCUCGAUGCCGAGACGUUCCGUGCUCUGCUUCCGACCUUGUGGUUCCUGCUCGGGACAGAACACGAAACGCUCCUGGAUAGCUUGCUGGCCACCUAUCAUGCUCAAGGAUCUCAGAACCGAGUCAAGCCUGUACUGUUUGAAUUCCUCGCACGUUCUUUCCUGCUUUCAAAGAUCAGGGCAAAAACGCCUUUCUCGACGGCAGAAAGCGAACACAUUCUCGAAAGCCUGCUGUCGACACUACCUCGCUGCCUUUGGGAGGCCUCGUCGUCGGCCAGCGGACAUGCAUUUGCAGGGGUCCAACUUGAGUUCCUCCACUUUUUGCUUCUGCUACCUUCAGCUCCCACGGCGCUCUCAUACAACAAGCUGGGGCCGUUCUACUGGAUUCGCCACCCGGCCAAGAAGGUCUCAGGCCCAGGUCCAUUCAAUAGACUUCCGCGAGCACUUCGCAAGCUCGCUCUCGACAACAUUUCGCUUUUAGCAAAGCAGGACGAUAAACUCGACAAGACCAUGGCACAAGCGCUGCAAUUCGCACAGACCAGUGCAUGA